CUCGCAAUGGUAGGCCUGUCACAUUCGGUAUGGCUGCGCAGCCUCCGACAGAUGUUGCUUCCGUGAAGCAUUGAUUUGCUGGCGAUUCCACAUCACAUGGCAGGGAUGAAAAACUGUGCAGAUAGCCCGGAACCCGUGGAAGAUGUCCAAGGAGAUGGACGCUGGAUAAGUCAGCAUCUCCGGUUUAUUGCUGAGGGGAAAAGCAAAGAGCCAGAAGUUCUCUUUAUUGGUGAUUCAAUUAUCCAGCAAAUGAGAUUUUCUAAGGUGUGGACUACCCUGUUGGAACCUCUACAUUGCCUGAACUUUGGUAUCGGCGGCGAUCAGACUCAACAUGUUCUCUGGCGAGUGACUAACGGAGAAUUAGAUUGUAUCCCUCCGAAGGUGAUUGUCCUUCAAGUUGGUACCAACAACCAUGGCCACACAGCUGAGGAAGUUAUAGCAGGAAUCCUGGAGAUUGUUAAAGUUAUACGGACCAAACAACCAAUGGCACAAAUCGUUGUUAUGGGUAUCCUACCAAGGGGAGAAAGACCGAACCCUCUCAGGAUCAAGAACAGCAAAGUGAAUUCUGAAGUUGAAGCAAAAUUACGCUGUCAGAAAAAUGUGACAUUUUUCGCAGUGGAAGACGACACGUUUGUGAACAGUGAGGGGAUGAUUAGUGCAAACGACAUGUAUGAUUAUCUUCACCUGACGCCGGAAGGAUACACCAAGCUUGGGGAACCUCUGCUGGAGGUGAUCGAACACUUGAUGCAGAUGUUUGUAAAGGUAGAGAACGUUUCCCUUGAUAACGACUCUUUAGCUGGGGACCUUGCUUCAGAUACACAGUGAACUGUCGGCCAUUACUGUAAAACGAUACUCGUCCUGCUUGACAGAAUAUUAGCUUCUGUAACAGUUUUGCUAUCAAGUUAAAAUAAUUUUUUUCUUGCGGAAUUGUGGGCACUCUCUGUAAGCUGCGAACUGUUGUUUCCAUAGCAACACUGUUGUUACUGUUGAAUAAGAAAUCAGUGAUUAUCCGAUAAAUAUGCCACAUCUCCUGUAGGUGGUAAUUAUGAAAGAUUUGUUACCAUAGCAACAAAGGUUUUUAUUGUGUCAUAGGAAUUCUAAUCAUGGAGAUUUAGUAACCAUAGCAACAGAGGUUUAUAUUGUGUCAUAGGAAUUCUAAACUUGGAGAUUUAGUAACCAGCAUAGCAU